AUGGGGACCACGGGGGCCGUGCCCUCCCUCCUUCUGCUCCGCCUGGUGAUGCUCCUCCCUGGUCUCUCUUGCCUCACUCAGGACUUCGUUUUCCUUCCAGAGAGGGGCUUCUCCUCCUACGAAGUGAUCAUCCCCAGGCAACUGGGGCCCCGCAGUGGGGAUCCCGAGGUGGCCGGCCACGUGUCCUACCUCCUGCGCGUGGAGGGAAAGAAGCACGUCGUUCACUUGCGGGUCAAGAAGCUCUUGUUGUCUAGAAACCUGCGGGUUUUCUCCUUCACGGAACGGGGAGCCAGACUGGAGGAUCAACCUCACAUCCCCAAUGACUGUAACUACGGGGGUUACGUGGAGGGCUUCCCAGACUCAGAGGCCACCUUAAGCACUUGCUUUGGGGGCCUUCGAGGGAUACUGAACGUGCAUGGAAACCUUUACCAAGUGGAGCCCCUGAAAGCCUCCACCAGAUUUGAACACGUAUUAUAUCGCCUGAGGGAGGAGGGGAUCACCAACCAGACUUGUGGCCUAACUGACGAAGAAAUAGCCCGCCAGUUAGGCCAGAGCCAGAGCCUGGAGGUUCUCAGCAAGACUGAUUUUUCUCAGUCCUAUAUCCACCUAAAGUAUAUGGAGUUGAUGCUUGUGAUGGACCACCAGAGGUAUUUGACUAGACACUCCAAUAUGACCCAGAUAAUUGCUGACUGUCUUACCUUGUCAGGAAUAGCAGACACAAACUUUAAAACCUUGAAUGCUCACAUUCAUCUGAUAGCCAUCGAAGUAUGGACAGAUGAAAAUAAAAUAGAUGAAAAUGGGGACAAGUUAAUACAAGUUUUACAAUUAUUUUCUUUCUAUAAAAAGCAUGUUCUUUAUCCUCGGAUCACCAUGGAUUGGGCUCACUUAUUUGUUGGCAAGCACUUUGUGGAUGCUACGGGAUGGGCUUGGGUUUCUGGUGCUUGUCAUUCGUUUACAGCAUCCUCGGUGAGCAGCCUACCUUGGGAAAUCGAUCUUGACUAUGCUUUGGCAUUUGUUCACGAAAUGGGUCAUGGAUUUGGCAUGGUCCACGAUUCAGAGUUCUGUUUUUGUGCGGCUAAAAGGUGCCUCAUGGAUGCUUCCCUGGGAGGGCGCACAUUCAGUAAUUGUAGCUUUGACAGUUAUUUUGACUUUGUCACCAAGAAAGGAAAAUGUCUCUAUAACAUCCCAGGUAUGGUUUACAGGGUAGAGAAAUGUGGCAACAAAGUGGUGGAGCCGGGAGAGGAUUGCGACUGUGGCUCCAAAGCAGAAUGUAGGUAUGAUAAGUGUUGUUUGCCAACUUGCAAAUUUAAACCAAGGGCCCAGUGUAAUUCUGGUCUUUGCUGUCAAUAUUGCCACUUUCGUCCAUCUGGAAAGGUAUGUAGACCCAAGAAGACUGAGUGUGACCUUGCUGAGUUCUGCAAUGGGACCACCAAUCUCUGCCCAGAUGAUUUUUAUAAACAAGAUGGCACCCCAUGUGGUUAUAAUGAGACAGGCCUUUGUUACCACAAUGGUUGCCAUUCUCAUCUCCAACAGUGUAGAAGACUCUUUGGCCGUGGUGCCCGGAAUGGUCCAGCUUGCUGCUAUGCACAAAUCAACCGAGGUGACCGCUUUGGCAAUUGUGGGCUCAAGGACAUUAAAUAUAAGCGAUGUCAACCUCGGGACAUAAUGUGUGGAAGAGUGCAGUGUGUCAAUGUAAGGAGCAUCCCUUCUAUGCCUGAUCACACUUCAAUAGUUCAGACCCAUCUAGGUAAUGUCAUCUGCUGGGGAGCGGACUAUCACCCUGCAAUGGCGACCAUUAAUUUAUCUGAUAUGGGAGAGGUAAAGGAUGGUACCCCUUGUGGCGAGGGGCUCAUCUGUAUUAACAAGUCUUGUCAGAGUAGCGCGCUUCUCAAUUAUGACUGUGUCCCACAGAAGUGCAGUCAUCGAGGAGUGUGUAAUAACAGGAGGAACUGCCACUGUGACUUUGGAUGGGCCCCUCCAUUCUGCACAGGACGUGGAUAUGGAGGAAGCAUCGACAGUGGACCUCCCUCAAAAUGGGAGGGGAGAGAAAGUAUAUUCAGUGGUGUCAGUCCACUUUCUGUGCCUCCUUUGUGGCGCUGUGUCAGUGGAUAUGGUAUACUUGUCUACUCAAAAUAG